UUGACAGUCAGGUCACACGGGGUGUUGGCGACGACGUGCAGCACUUAUCCUGAUGUCACUGGGACUACGGUCACAUCAGGAUCUGUAUGGAGCGCUAUGGCUGCAGACCUGGGUUGGAUGUCAGGACACUCUGCCUUCUUAGACAUGACCAUUAUCUCCAUCCUCUUCCUUAUUGCCUUUAUCACACUCUACACACUCUGCACCACCUGUUUCAGUGAGACUCCAGAAGGUCCAGAACAGAAAGAAAUACAUUCAUCUCUCUCACUGAGUGUGAAUGUACAAGAGCCCUGGAGGACACACAGAACCAUGAACAGUGCUGGAGUUCUAAACUCCAUGGCACAAAGCAACAUGCCACAGGUUCCAGCAGAGCCACAGCACAAGAACCAGACUAUUGUGUACAGCCAACAAGAUAAUGUUUAUUCCCAUAACAGAGAUAAUUCAGUGACAACCAGGAUACCAGCUAGUCCUGCGUUCUCUGUCAGAUCCACAGCUUCGCUGUCGCCAGAAGUAGGACGUCCUGCUCUUCCACCAAUUCCACCAAUUUUCCAGAUGAUCCAGGUGGAACCGCUAAUGGCGGCAUCUUCACAACAGCAACCCAAUACAAUCAAAAAUAUCACACCUCCACCUGAACAACAAUUAAAUAUGAAUAUUGGGUGUACUGGGACACUUAGUGAGGAGCAUCCCUACGCAUGUAUAGGAAAUGUGUUAUUCAGUGGACCAUCCUCACCCUUCCCCUGUAAUGUAGCUGACGAGAAGCAAUGGGAGAGCGAGAGUCAUUACCAAAUGGUAACAGAAUAUACAGAGUCUACCACUAGAGAUGACCUAGCCAUACUUCUUCCUGCGAUAGACAGCAAAAAGGUGGAGGAGUUCGAAUUUAUGGAUGAUCAGCUAGUAAUUACUACAGACAAAACUGCCAUCUAUGCAGCAGUAAACAGGAAAAACAAAAGUCAAAAAAGCAUCAAAGAAGGUUCAGUUGUACAAGAAACAAUGGUGUUGGAUGAGGACGAAAUCCCACCUGUUCCAGAAAAAAUAUUUGACUAGUGAGUAAAGAUUGGACUUGGCAAGAAAUUGAACACUUCUGAUCCUUUAAAGGGCAGGGUUUAGGUGGUUUAGAUGGUUUUUGUAGGCUUGUGACCUUCGCUGACUGCGUAGACUACAAAAGCCAAACCAAAACAAGAUGGUCUGGUCUAUGAAAAACGUCCUGCUCAUGUCACCAGCUGUUUCUGCCAUUACUGCCAUUACGGUUCGAUGCAGGCAUUAGUUACUACUGUUGGUUAACUUUGUCCAGCUACACUUAACCAUGUUUUAUGAAAACCUGUCAGAGUGGAUUUCACAUAAAUGCCCUGUUUUUUGUUUAUUGUCAUGUAUUUAUAUGUUAUAUAUUUAGUUUUUAUAAAAUAUUUAUUUCUAA